CGCAGAAGCAUAGUGGUCCUGCGUCGGCUCAGUCCCUGAAAGGACUGCGGUAGCGACACGCAGCCUAGCCAUGAAGAGCCGGUUCAGCACGGUUGACCUCCGCGCAGUGCUCGCGGAACUGAAUGCGAGCUUGCUAGGAAUGAGAGUAAACAACGUUUAUGAUGUGGAUAACAAGACAUAUCUUAUUCGGCUUCAAAAACCUGAUUUUAAAGCUACACUGUUACUUGAGUCUGGUAUACGUAUUCAUACAACAGAAUUUGAGUGGCCUAAGAACAUGAUGCCGUCGAGUUUUGCCAUGAAGUGUCGAAAACAUUUGAAGAGUCGGAGAUUAGUCAGUGCAAAACAGCUUGGUGUGGACAGAAUUGUGGAUUUCCAGUUUGGAAGUGACGAAGCUGCUUAUCACUUAAUCAUUGAGCUCUAUGACAGGGGGAACAUUGUUCUUACAGAUUAUGAGUACCUAAUUUUAAAUAUCCUAAGGUUUCGAACUGAUGAAGCAGAUGAUGUUAAGUUUGCUGUUCGUGAACGCUAUCCCAUAGAUCAUGCCAGAGCUGCUGAACCUUUGCUGACUUUGGAAAGGUUGACUGAAGUAAUAGCUGCUGCUCCUAAAGGUGAAGUGCUGAAGAGAGUUCUUAACCCAUUACUUCGCAUGGCUCAGCUAGCCUUGAACUUGUCCUGUAGCCCAGGCAACCUUAAACCCUUGGUGAUCCCCCUGCUGCAUUUUACCUUGGCAGAUUUCUAUGGCUUUUGAAAUCAGCCUAUGGACCAGCUCUUAUUGAGCACUGUCUUAUAGAAAGUGGAUUCUCUGGCAAUGCUAAAGUGGAUGAAAAACUUGAGAGCAAAGAUAUUGAAAAGAUACUGGUUUGUGUACAGAGGGCAGAAGACUAUUUGAGGAAAACAUCCAACUUCAAUGGAAAGGGCUAUAUAAUUCAGAAAAGAGAGGCAAAACCAAGCCUGGAUGCAGAUAAACCAGCUGAAGACAUACUCACGUAUGAGGAGUUUCAUCCUUUCUUGUUUUCUCAGCAUUUACAAUGUCCAUAUAUAGAAUUUGAAUCAUUUGACAAGGCCGUGGAUGAAUUUUAUUCCAAGAUAGAAGGGCAGAAAAUUGACUUAAAAGCUUUACAACAGGAAAAACAAGCACUGAAGAAAUUAGAUAAUGUCCGAAAGGAUCAUGAAAACAGAUUAGAAGCUCUUCAGCAGGCUCAGGAAAUUGAUAAACUGAAAGGGGAGCUCAUAGAGAUGAACCUGCAGAUAGUGGACAGAGCCAUUCAGGUAGUCCGAAGUGCGUUGGCCAACCAGAUAGACUGGACAGAAAUCGGAGUGAUUGUGAAAGAAGCUCAAGCUCAAGGAGACCCGGUUGCAUGUGCAAUCAAAGAGCUAAAACUGCAAACCAACCACGUUACGAUGCUGCUACGAAAUCCAUACUUGUUAUCAGAGGAGGAAGAUGGUGAUGGUGAUGCCAGCAUUGAGAACAGUGAUGCUGAAGCACCAAAAGGGAAAAAAAAAAAGCAAAAGAACAAGCAGCUGCAGAAGCCGCAGAAGAACAAGCCGCUGCUUGUAGAUGUGGAUCUCAGCCUGUCAGCCUAUGCCAAUGCCAAAAAAUAUUAUGAUCAUAAGAGGUAUGCUGCUAAAAAAACCCAGAGGACUGUUGAAGCUGCUGAGAAGGCAUUCAAAUCAGCAGAAAAGAAAACAAAGCAAACCUUAAAAGAAGUACAAACAGUUACUUCUAUCCAAAAAGCAAGAAAAGUGUAUUGGUUUGAGAAAUUUCUGUGGUUCAUUAGUUCAGAGAACUAUUUAAUCAUAGGUGGUCGGGAUCAGCAGCAGAAUGAGAUUAUUGUGAAAAGAUACUUGACACCAGGAGACAUUUAUGUGCAUGCUGAUCUUCAUGGAGCUACCAGCUGUGUAAUUAAGAAUCCGACAGGCGAACCCAUCCCUCCACGGACUUUGACUGAAGCAGGCACAAUGGCACUUUGCUACAGUGCUGCUUGGGAUGCACGUGUUAUCACUAGUGCUUGGUGGGUGUACCAUCAUCAGGUGUCUAAAACAGCACCAACAGGAGAAUAUUUAACAACAGGAAGCUUCAUGAUAAGAGGAAAAAAGAAUUUCCUUCCUCCUUCAUACCUAAUGAUGGGGUUUAGCUUCCUUUUUAAGGUAGAUGAGUCUUGUGUCUGGAGACAUCGAGGUGAACGAAAAGUCAGAGUGCAGGAUGAAGACAUGGAAACACUGACAAGCUGCACAAGUGAACUCAUGGCAGAAGAAAUGGAACAACUAGAAGGGGGUGAUAGCAGUGAAGAAGAGACUGAGGAAUUACAUGGAAUGCCUGGAGACGUAGAACUCAUGACUCAGGUUGAUCAAGAGGACAUUGCUGUGCACAGUGGGAGAGAUGAACUAAGCUCUGAAGAUGGAGAAGCCAAAGCAGUUACAAAAGAUCAGGAGCCCAUUGGUGAAAUGAAGGAAGAAGAGGAAGACACCUUUGAAUAUCCUGAUACUACCAUUGACUUGUCCCAUCUUCAGUCCCAACGGCCUCUACAGAAACUGGCUCCAAGAGAAGAGUCUUUGAACUCAAAUGACAGUAAAUCACAGGGCCGAAGACAUUUGUCAGCCAAGGAGAGAAGAGAAAUGAAAAAGAAAAAGCUCCCAUGUGAGUCAGGGGAUUUAGAAGUGAUAGAAGAAAAGGACAAAGAGAGAGAAAGUGCUGUGCACACUGAAGCUUACCAAAACACAAGCAAAAAUGUGGCAGCUGGACAGCCAAUGAAAAGAGGACAGAAGAGUAAAAUGAAAAAAAUGAAGGAAAAAUACAAAGACCAGGAUGAUGAAGAUCGUGAACUUAUUAUGAAGUUGCUGGCAUCUGCAGGUUCGAACAAAGAAGAAAAGGGGAAGAAAGGAAAGAAAGGAAAACCAAAAGAUGAACCUGUGAAAAAACCCCCACAGAAACCAAGAGGUGGACAGCGGGUUUUAGAUGUUGUUAAAGAACCUCCGUCCCUGCAGGUUUUAGCUCAUGACUUACAAGACUUAGCUGUCGAUGAUCCACAUGAUGACAAGGAGGAACACGAUCUGGAUCAGCAGGGGAAUGAGGAAAAUCUAUUUGACUCUUUGACAGGGCAGCCACAUCCUGAGGAUGUACUGAUGUUUGCUAUUCCAAUAUGUGCCCCUUACACCAUCAUGACAAACUAUAAAUACAAAGUGAAACUUACACCUGGAGUUCAGAAAAAGGGGAAAGCUGCGAAGACAGCCUUGAACAGUUUCAUGCACUCCAAAGAAGCCACAGCAAGAGAAAAAGACUUAUUCCGAAGUGUGAAGGACACAGAUUUAUCAAGAAACAUUCCUGGAAAAGUAAAAGUGUCCGCACCUAAUCUUCUGCAUGUGAAGAGGAAAUAGCUGGGAUGAGAGCCUCAGCACUGAACAGCCAGUUUGUAGCCUUUGGAAGGUCAACGAUGCAGACGUGUUAACAGGACUUCCACUUUACAAAUGAACAUACUGCCUUGCUAUCACCAAAAGGACUUAAGAUUUUUUCCCAAGUUUUAUAUAUAUCUAUAUAAACUAUGAUAGUAUUUCCUAAAAUAUUUGUGAAAACUUAAUGAUACACAUCUGUAAUUGUAUUGUUCUACAUUUUAUUGAACUUCUUGAGGUUUCAUUUCAUGAUGUAACGACCCUGAAAUAGCUCAAGUGCAUAAACUACUGACGUAGUGGUCUACUGUAUAUAACAUCUAAUACAUAGUACAGCCAGUCACGAGAGGUUUCGUUUGGUUAAUGGAACAAUUAAACAUUUAAGAUUUGUGUCUUGAACACUUUGCCAAAUUUUACAUCAAAUGCAAAAAAAAAUAACACAAGAAAAUGACA